AUGCUUUCACCAGAAAAACCAUUUCAGCUUCCUUUUAGCUUCGUGAAAAAUGAAACAAAAAUAUUUUCAGAUCACAGAUUUUCAGAUUUCAUGACUCAUUCAAAGAUCAUCAUCAUCAAGUCGGUUUGUAGUCUUUUCUGCUCGGUUUUCUUAAGACUUUUUCUUGCUAACUCGUACGAACCUCAAAUUUCAAUGAAAUGGCGAGGGAGAAAAAUUGUUUUUUAUUUUCGCUUGGAUCGUGUUGUUAUGAGGAUCAUUUACAUGCCUCAUUGGGUGAAAUAUCUGAGAACUGAAAAUACUUUUGAGGCAAACAAAACUUCUCUUAUGUAUUUGGAUGUUACCGCACCGCACUACCUCGCAGAAUGA